CGGAUGAGGUCACUCUUUGUGGCGGCGGCUGUUGGCAAGAUGGCGCCGGUGCUGGCGGAGAAGAAGCUGCUGGGGCCGGACGGGUCCGCGCCCGCCGACUUCCCCAGCGAAGAAGAAGAAGGCCAGAGCCUCUGGCUUUCAAUAUUGAGUGAAGUUUCUACUCGGUCAAGGUCUAAAUUACCCUCUGGCAAAAACAUUCUUGUUUUUGGUGAUGACGGUUCGGGCAAAACAACACUCAUGACUAAAAUACAAGGAGCAGAGCAUGGCAAGAAAGGAAGAGGGCUGGAAUACCUCUACCUCAACGUUCACGAUGAGGACCGAGAUGAUCAGACCCGCUGUAAUGUCUGGAUUCUUGAUGGGGACUUGUACCAUAAAGGGCUCUUAAAGUUUGCUGUUUCACCUGAAUCAUUACAAGAGACCCUUGUAAUCUUUGUGGCAGAUAUGUCAAGACCAUGGACUAUUAUGGAAGCUUUACAAAAAUGGGCCAGUGUCUUGCGUGAACAUAUUGAUAAGCUGAAGAUCCCCCCUGAAGAGAUGAGAGACAUGGAACAGCAAUUCGUGAAGGCUUUUCAGGAGUAUGUGGAACCCGAGGAAGGCUAUCAGGGGUCGCCGCAGAGAAGAGGCCCGCAGGGCCAAGACGAUGAAAAUGUUACUUUACCACUUGGGGACAGUGUGCUGACCCACAAUCUUGGAAUUCCUGUGAUAGUUGUUUGUACAAAGUGUGAUGCGAUGAGCAUACUAGAAAAGGAACAUGACUACAGAGAAGAACAGUUUGACUUUAUUCAGUCCCACAUUCGCAGAUUCUGUUUACAGUACGGUGCCGCCUUGAUUUAUACAUCAGUUAAGGAGGAAAAGAACCUUGACUUGUUGUAUAAGUAUAUUGUACAUAAAACAUACAGCUUUCAUUUUACCACACCAGCCUUAGUGGUAGAAAAGGAUGCCGUUUUCAUACCUGCUGGCUGGGACAAUGAAAAGAAAAUUGCCAUUCUGCAUGAAAACUUUACAACAGUGAAACCUGAAGAUGCAUAUGAGGACUUCAUUGUAAAACCGCCUGUAAGAAAGUUAGUGCAUGAUAAGGAGCUUGCAGCAGAAGACGAACAAGUGUUUCUAAUGAAGCAGCAGUCUUACCUUGCCAAGCAGCCAGCUACACCUACAAGGGCUUCUGAAUCUCCUGCAAGAGGCCCUUCUGGAUCGCCGAGACCCCAGGGCAGACCUUGUCCUGCUAGUGUCCCCAGUGCCUCGCCAAUAGCAUCUGUUAAGAAACCAGAUCCAACUAUUAAAAAUAAUGCUGCAAGUGAAGGUGUGCUGGCCAGCUUCUUCAACAGUCUAUUGAGUAAAAAGACUGGCUCUCCUGGGAGUCCCAGUGCAGGAGGUGUGCAAAGUACAGCCAAAAAAUCAGGACAAAAAACUGUUUUGACAAACGUUCAAGAAGAACUGGAUAGAAUGACUCGCAAACCAGACUCGAUGGUAACGGCCAACUCCUCUCCGACAGAGAACGAAGCUUGAUAAUGCUUAAACCUGCCUAUGUAAAUGACCAAAUAACUAUGUACAUUGAUCCGAUAAGACCAGGAGCUCUCUGCUUUGGCAGAUGCUAUAAGUUUUCUUGGGGCAGGGAGAAAUGAAAUUUAACCUUCAUUGGCUUGUCCCAGUAUCAAGUGCACAUUCAGGAAGAUUUGCAUAUAAAUUUCCUCUGUUUUCAGAUAACCAUUUUAUAGUUUCAGUAGGGCAAUUCUCUUGAUUUUGGGGGGUGGCAAACAAGGGGCAGCAGCGGGUUCUUGGGAAGAGCACAGAGGUGUGAGAUGCGGAAAUCUGGUGAAAUGGAACGAAAGAAGAAACAAAGUCCCCUUUCCCCGAAUUUGCUGGAGUUGGCCAUCGACGGCGUACUUGUACUUGGAGAGAAUGUGGUAUAGUGGAAUGUUGGUCAGAUGAAGAGUGUCUAAAAUGCUGCAUUAAAAAGGAAAAAAAUGCAAGAUCUGGCAUGGUAGAGGCAAAAAGCAAGUUGGACAGACUGGAGGGAGCGAAACCAGUGUUAAUAAAUCCUGUGUUUGAAUAUAUAGAUCAGAUAAUCACUGUUAAAGAAAAAAGCCUUCACAAUUGGAGAUUGUUUGAGGCUUAAACACUGAGCAUCAUGGGAAUUUUAUCUUGAUACAAAUUGCAUUUUUUUUUAAUUUUAACAAGGAGAUGAAUUUUUUUAAAAAGGUGGGUGCCCUUUUUGUCCUAGCUGACACAGUGAGAAGCUUGCUUAGACCAAGUGCCUGGCACAGUGCGAGACGUGUCUUUAGGAGGUGCUUGAAUCUCUUGUGCACUGUAGUACAAACAGCCUCUGUUUGACUUUAUUUUACAAUUCAGUAAUUUUUUACAGUUGUGUUUAAUUUUAAAACCCUAUUUUUUUUCUGAUAGCUUCUGCCUUUUGCAUGUGUAUUUUUUCUCUCUAAAUACCAACCACCUGACCUGUUAAGAGGAAUAGGUGACAUAUCAAUGCCCCAUAAUGAUCCGUGUUGCAGAAUAAUGAUUUUUUUUUCAUAGUUAAACUGCAAAACUUUUUAAAAAAAGAAUCCCUGACUCCUGCCUUAAGGUUUUUGAAACCUGUGAUGGCUUCUGGUAGACUCCAAGUUACCUUAUUCCAGUAAACAAUAGAAGUGUGUAGGUUUCCAUCAAUAAAACAUACAGCUUAAUGGCUUCAUGACAUCUAUGUCUUUCCCCUUCACUGUAGCCUUUUCAGUCGAUUAAAUGCUUCUUGGAUCGGUGCCCACAGCCACUGAGAACAGUGGUUUAAUGGAAGAUUCCCACGGUUAAUGAAUUGGCACUGAGGUUCUUCUGUAUGGCAUAAUUGACAGAGAAACACUACCUUACAUUAUCGUAUCAAACAUGUUUGUAUUCUACAUACUGAAGGGGAAAAAAUACCCCACUGUAUGAAUUAUGCAGAGUUUACUUUUAUUGAUACGGAUUUGUGUGUAAUGCAAGAUCUUAUUUCUGAAUAGAACACCCCUAAUAUUUAUAUAAAUAUAUAUAUAUAUAUUGUUAAACAUUGCCGAAUUGAUUGACCACUAACACAGUACUGGAUGUAAUUGCAAACCCUGUGUUUCUUCAAAAGGUCAUGUCUCCUUGUGGUUUUUAAGUCUGUCUAACACUAUUUAGAAAGCUAAGGGUAUUUACUUGCGUUAACAUAAAAGCAUGUUUACAUGUGCCAGUUGGCUUUUUUCGCUCCACUUUUUUUAAAACAUUUUUAUAAGUUUCAGAACCUCAGUUACAUCCACAGUUGCCUAGAUUUUUAAACCGAGAAGUUGUGGCCGCAGGGUCCUGUUUGUGGUUCUGGUGCCUCUUUGAAUCUGGCAUGUGAAGCGAUGGAUGCUAGUUAAAGCUAUCGCCUCACCUCCUCGGCCAGUGGAAUUUUCCUCCCACCUUCACGAUGCUGAGAUUUGGUGCACUGGUGUUGCAGCUGCAGUGGGUCUGGCACUGUGCCAUGUGGGAACGCAACAGGUUGCCUUGUGUUGGGAUGGCUGAAUUCAUGUGAGAUUUGAGCCGGGAGAACAUGGCCACUUGGAUGCUGCUGGGGGGAUACAGGCAUGACUUGCAAGGUUUUGCAGCACUUUCUUUAAAUGCAAAAGGGUUCAACCUCUAGUGUCUCCUGUUAAAAGGAUGUCAUGUAGCAGGCACUGCGGAAGCCCCUUCUCAGCUGAUAUCCUGGAGAGCCAUUGCUGAUUGAAGUAGACCACAGUGAGCUAGAUGGACCAAUGGUCUGACUCUGUAUAAAGCAGCUUCAUACAUACACUAUAUAUGUAUAGUACUUUGCCAUGACUGCUUAACGUGUAUGGUGAUUGAGGGCUGACGGUGGCUUUGUGGGAGGUACCUUUUGGUUCAGGAAAUGAAAAUCUCAGAAACGAAAAGAGGAGGUUGGUCAAGCGUUUCCUGGUGGUAUAAAAUGAAGGUUAGAUCUGUUACAAAUAACCAAAAGCCAACAAUUAUCCUCCUUGCCACUUGUUCAAAAGAGCGCUUGGACCCAAAUGGACUUAAAAACCCCUAUUUCCUUGUUGCAAGUGAAUGCUCCUAGUUUUUCAAAGGAAGGAAACUGUAAGUAAUGUGUUUGUUGGUUGCCAAAGUCUAGCAACUUUGGAAAGCUGCACAGUUAAUUUUUUUUUCUGUUCUCAAGCAUUGGAACCAAAGGCCAAACUGCAAAACAAGCCUUUAUGCUUACAAAAAAAAUACAAUUAACUUUAUUUUCAAGAUUACACUUGUAUGGUAGACUGUUAAAAAUUAUUACACAGCUUUAUUUAUAUUUACAAUGUAGUGACUGCAUCUACUGUUCAUGUUUAAACUAAUGAUCUAUUCAACUUGAAGGCAAAUAUAAAGAAUUAAGGAUUGGCCCUCCGUCAAAAUGCUUUGGUUAUGCUGCUUGUUUUUUUUUAAGUUUGCACUUUUUAUUGGCAUUUUAAAACUUGUUUAAACUGAACAGAACUUGUUUGUAUUUUAUUUAAUUUAAUGACAUUGGAAGUGACUGAACUUAACCAUAUCUAUGCUGUAAAUGAAAAGUUCAUUCUCCUCUCUUACUAAGUUUAUUGAUGUUUUUAACUUCCAACAAGGACUGCAGAUGUAUCCACCACAGCCCAUAGUUCAGUUGUAUGGCUUUAACCAGGUGCAGUCAAUGUGGAACCUUGCUUUCUAGUGCUGGCAAAAAUGAGGACAUGUCUUUAAUUAAUGGCUUCAAUAAACACAAACCAAGACUG